GCCAACCGCCAUUAAACACAAAAGAAGAAGAAGAAGAAGGAAGUAGGCUGUUCUCGCUCUGUAGUUUAAUGUAAACCGAACAUGUCGUGGGGUCAAUUCAUUGGGAUUACAGCUGGGACUGCUGCUGGUGCAGUACUUUUGGCCCCCGUUGCGCUCAGCGUGGCUGGGUUCACCGCCGCCGGUAUCACGGCAGGUUCUACGGCUGCUGGCAUGAUGUCCUCAGCAGCCAUCACCAGCGGUGGGGGUGUGGCUGCGGGAAGUUUGGUCGCUCUCCUCCAAUCUGCAGGUGCUGCUGGUAUGUCUGCAACAGCAACAGCUGGCGUGGCAUCUGUGGGCGGUGCUGCAGGAGCUCUAGUAAGUGGAGCAUUUGGUUUCUUGAAGAGGAUGAGGAAAUGAGAAAUGUACUGGAGUCCAAAGAGCUUCUGUUCACAGCCGGCUACCAUGAAAGGAGUUUAGCAGCAGCCACUGUGUGUUUAAAGUAAUUGUGUGUAGCUUGAUUUGAAACCAUUUAUAACAUUUUGAAAAUAAGAAUGUAAGCACCCAAAACUUUAGAGAUAUUGAAAAAUCUGUGAUUUUUCAUUUGGCACUUUGUAACUAAAAUUAUGCAUGAUUCUACAGCUUUUUUUUUUUUUUGAAUUAUUCAUACUGUUUUUCAUAGAUUGCGAAAAUGUGACUACUUUAAAACGAAUCCAUGUAGUAAAUUCAUGUAGCUAAUAAUGUGACUAGAAAUUUGAAUUCUGUCGCCGGAAUUCUGAUUUAAUAAAGUAAUAAAAUAAUUGUGAAGCCUGAGAAUGAAAAACCAAACAGAGUUUUGUCUUUGUCUUGCUUAAAUUUUCUGCAGAAAAUGAUCUGGUUUACACACAGCUUGCUGUCUGUGAGCAAAGAGAUG